AACCUCAUUUAUGAAAUCACAACUAAGAGCGAAUGAACAAAACAAAGAAUUCAGCCAUCUACUGCUACAGAUCAAUGACGACGAUUCGGGAGAUCGUGAUUGGGGGUUCCGGGUUUACGGCGUGCAGAAAGCGAGCAGAGUAUUGCUACAAGACAGCAGUACAAAUAUAUCUCUAGGCGUCUUGAAAGAUUACCAGUCACUGUUGAUAUGCACAACUGCUGAGCCAGAAACUAUCAGAGAACUCAAUAUACCCUCCGAAGAAACCAUAAAAUCUGUACAUUUCAACUCUGCUAUUACCAAUAUAUCAACAACGGAAAACUAUAUUUCUGCAGCCACAGAGACAGAAAUACACAUAUUAGAUCAUGAUUUACAGACACUACACUCUUUAGAAUCACCCUGCCCUCGCAUUUCUAGUAUUGCAAAUAGGUAUUUGGCUUAUCUAUAUACGUCACAACCGCCACAGUCAAGUUCAGGUAUAUUAGCAUCCAAAAAUCUUAAAUAUUCUGAUAGACCGAGCUACACAACCGCUGAAAUAGCUUCACAUGUUGCUAGCUACCUCGAAGAAGGCUACAAGCAGGGUCAUAGGACGUUUGACGUUAUACAAAACUAUUAUAACAACACAUUUAGUAAAUCAGUACCACUGACUUCUCCAUCGAUAGAGGCUUCAUCACCACCUCUGAUGAGCGUUUCACCAGCGAGUCUAGCUGAACAAAAUGGAUUAUUCACUAGAAAGCCAAGCGUAGUUAGAGUACUUGACAUAGUUUCCGGUCGCACAGUAGCGCUAUUCACUGCUUCUAUUGCAAACUUAUCAGCUAUAUCACUCAGUCCUUCCGGUAGAUCAAUUUUGGUUGCAGAUAUUAACGCACACACAUUCCACGUAUAUGAAUUACGACCACGUCCAUUAUUUGAUAACACCGCAGAAUAUGAUAGUGUUUGGCAUCGCUAUGCGCUCAGGAGAGGUUAUACAACAGCUCGUGUUACUUCUAUUGCCUGGAGCAAAGAUGAAAGAUGGUGUGCUGUCACCACAGAGAAAGGCACGACGCAUAUUUACCCCCUUAAUCCAAAUACUGGAGGUGCUAUUACCAAUUCUCACGUUACAGGCGAACCUAUAAAGUUUGGUUCGAAGUAUACAUCACUCUCCACUACACUCUCUAGCGUAAUCAAAAUCAAAUCUGAGAUAUUAGAAGAAAAUCAUGGAUUACCUCGAAGCGUUACAUUCUCAUUUGCAGAUGGCGAAAGAAGCAAACUUAUUGGGUAUACCCACGAUAAUGAUUUCAAACAACUCAUUAAAUGGGAUUAUAAGUUGACUUGGAAAGAAUUUGAGAAAGAAGAUGGAAGUAAACAUUCACAUAUUGAUGCAUGUCUAGAUAGUACUAGUGAAACAGGUGAAAAUACGAGCGGUAGUCAACCAAUGAAAAAGGCCACAAGUAGCGCAUCAAAAGGUAGUUCAGUACAUCCUUCACAAAUAGCAAAAGGAGAAAUUGAAACAUUUGAUAUUUCAAGUUUACGUAGUAUUUUCACUUCACGUCAAUUUGAAUUUAGGAAGAUCGCCACUACUGAUAUGCUAAACAAUGAUGUCACUUCUGUCUUGAUGAAAUCGCAAAUAUACAAAGUACGCCCUGAGGUUAAAGUGAACAAGUUAAAUGACGAUACCACUGAUAAUACGGACAACUUAGAUUUGUCUUCAAUACAACAUAUAAUACCAGCAUUACCUAAUGGUAUUGAACAUAAAGCGAGUUUAUCACUACCAGAUCAACACACACUUAAGAGAAUAUUAAAAGGAUCAUAUAAAAGAAUCUCAUCAACUUUUGGUAGCCCUGGCAGCCAGAUUGACGACGCUCAUGACGAUGAUCACAAUUCAAACGAAAAUGAUGUUGGUAUUUACAAAGAAGCCAAGGAUGCUUCAGAAGAAGCAGACAAAUUUGUUGUAGGUUUAGUUGAUGAUGAUGAAGAGGAGCUUGAGUGAACGAAAGAACAAACAUGAGCUGAAUGAUGCAUCAGUCUUCUUGUAUAUUUUAUAUGUAAUUGUAUAACAAAUUGAUAAUACAUCAUGAGUACAU